AUGGCCUUUGCACUCCCAGCUGAACUCACAAGCGGCCUUACAGAGCGCGAGGCCAUAAGUGACGCGCUCAACCGCGCCUUUCUCGCUUUCGACCACGCCGACGAAGCCCUCCUUCUGUCAGCCAUCACUGAGGAUAUCGACGCCGAGAUGCCUGGCUCAACCGCUCGUGGCAUUGCGGAGUUCAAGGCGGCAGUCUUCGACCGUGUCUCAAAGCUCGACACAACACAUUUUCUCUCCAACGUGCGCAUUAAUAUCACGAGCAGCAGGACAGCGACGGCGACAUGCUCGGCGUUGGCCCAGCAUGUUCGUCCUGGAGAGGGCGUCGAUCCAAGCUCGGCAAAGUUCACAUCGGGUGCGUUUUAUGCUUGCGAUAUGGUCAAGAUUGGAGAUCUGUGGAAGAUGAAGACUUGGAAGGCGAAUAUCAUCUGGCUGGAUGGUGAUCCCACAGUUCUCGCGGGGUAG